AUGGCAGGCGGUGUGACUAAAGUGAUACUCCGCUGUGAGGAAGCACAAGAAACUAGUACACUUGAUUUGUCAGAGUGCCAGUUAAUGCAGGUGCCAGAUGCAGUUUAUCACUUAAUGCGGCACACAGAGCUCAAAGCAUGUAAUCUCUCCAGCAACGUUAUAACCAAAAUACCACCAAAAUUCGCUACAAAGUUUUCUCUGAUCACAGAACUGAACCUGUCAAACAAUCAAAUGAGCAAGUUACCUGAUGAACUUGCCGACUUAGCUGAGUUGGAAAAGUUGGAUAUUUCUCAUAAUGCCUUCAUUAACCUGCCUCUUGUUGCUUACAGAAUUCCUAAGCUCACAACUCUUAAUGCAAGCCACAACCACAUUAUUGAGGUGGAUGUGGACAGGCUGAAGAAUUCCCCUGCCCUACAGUCAGUUGAUGUGAGGGAGAAUCCAGUUCCUAACCAGAUCGUCCAAGCCCUCCAGAAGCUGACUUCUAUAAGGGUGUUGGUUACCGUAAGAGAACCGGAGGAGUGGGAAGAUCUCACCAUUUAG